AUGUCCUCAAACGAUGCUCGAACGAAAGAGUUCAAAAACAGAGGUCUCGACCAAGAUGCCCUACGAAGGCGCCGUAAUGAACAGAAUGUUGGCUUACGGAAACAAAAGAGAGACGAGAAUAUACAGAAACGCAGACAACUGACUUCUAGUAGCCACAAUGGGGUAGCGGAAAGUGCAGAGGAGGUCGUUACAAACUCGGGGCUUUCGAUUGAGCAAUUGCCUGAGAUGACAGCCAUGCUCAUGGGUGAAGAUAGAACUAGGUGGUUGACAGCGACAAAGAUGUUCAGGAAACUGUUGUCCAAAGAGAAGACACCACCCAUUCAGGAGGUGAUCGAGAUGAAUGUGGUGCCGAGAUUAGUACAGUUUCUAUCAUACGAGGCAGACCCUAUGAUUCAGUUCGAAUCAGCCUGGGCACUUACAAAUAUCGCAUCUGGGAAUGCUGAACAAACCGCUAUUGUCAUCGAUGCUGGGGCCGUGCCGCACUUUAUAGAACUACUCAAAUCCGACAGUUCGGAUGUAUGCGAGCAGGCCGUUUGGGCGUUAGGAAACAUUGCUGGCGAUAGUUCCGCAUGCCGUGAUCUGGUGCUGAAACAAGGAGGUAUGAUGCCGUUGCUGGAUGUCCUGCACAAAUCCGACACGGCCUCCAUGACCCGCAAUGCGACCUGGGCGCUGUCCAACCUGUGCCGAGGCAAGAGUCCCUCGCCCGACUUCUCACUGGUGCGCGUGUCUCUGCCUGUGCUGGCGCGUCUGAUUCAGCUGGGCGACGAAGAAGUGCUGCAGGAUGCGUGUUGGGCGCUGUCGUAUUUGUCGGACGGCAACGACCACAAGAUCGAGGCGGUGCUACAGGCCGAUGUGGCCGGUCGCCUGGUGGAGCUCUUGGGCCACCAUGAGUCACAUGUCGUAUCGCCAGCGCUGCGCACUCUGGGGAAUAUUGUCACAGGGCGUGAUCAUGAGACCCAGUGUGUGCUGAAUGCCGGUGCGUUGCCGCAGCUGAAGAGGUUGCUGCUGACGAGCGACAAGGAGGCGGUGCGCAAAGAGACCUGUUGGACGCUCUCAAAUAUAACGGCCGGGACAAAGGACCAGAUCCAGGCGGUGAUUGAAGCGGAUAUAUUCCCUGCGCUUGCCAACAUCCUCACAGUGGGCGACCACAGGACAAAGAAGGAAGCUGCCUGGGCCGUUUCCAACGCUGCGUGCGGUGGUUCAGACGACCAGCUCAGAUACCUUGUGGAAGCCGGCUGCAUACAGCCCCUCUGUCAAAUGCUCAGCGUCAAGGGAGUGGAGAAUAAGGUCAUGACAGUCAUCUUGGACGCCAUUGAGAAAAUUCUCAAGGCAGGCCAAGACCACGCCGAUCUCACGGGCCAGGAAGUGAAUGAGAUGGCGGUGUACAUUGAGUCGUUUGGGGGAGUGGAUAUUAUUGACAACUUACAGAAGCACUUUAACCAACUGGUGUAUGAGAAGUCGUAUGCGAUCAUUGAGACGUACUUCAAAGACGAUGAGGACGUGAGCAUCAUGCCGGACGAGGAAGACGGCAGCUAUACCUUCGAUUCCCAAGGCGCUGGCGCCCCACAAGAGGGCUUCAACUUCUAG